CCUCUCUUUCUCUCUCUCACCCCACCACACCCGAACACAUAAUCUAUGAAUCCUUGGAGAGAAGAUGCGUACAAAAUAUGAGUACAAGGAGAAAGAGAGACUGGUUGACUCCGCUUUUGAAUUUGAAAGAGUGUCUUUGAGAUUUCAAUGACAUGAAUGACGCUCCGAUUUAUACGCAACAGAUGUUGUGAGUUGCUCCAUAAAUUCCACGCUUUGACUGAAGAAACUCCCUCUCUCUUCUUCUUGAGACUUGGGGGUUUCAAAAGUUUGAACGCUUUGUUGGUUCCUCUUUCCUAUCCUUUUGAUAUUACCACGAUGGUGUUUUUGAGGGCCAUGGUCCAUUCACCAAAGCAGAUGAAAAGGAAAUUAAAGAAAAUGGGGUGAAAACCCCAAUUCCCCAUCUUCUCCUAUUGAUCCCUGCUUUAUUCCUUAGCAGGAGAAGGAGGAAGAGGUACACAGGUUCAAGGUUUUGUGGGGGGCCUUCUUGGUGCUUUCCUUUGUGAAGAUUGAGGCUUGGGAUUCCUUUGGGGCUAUUGAUUAGUGCCUGAUUAGUGCUGAACUAAGCAUAGUACGAAGUCUUGCUCGUUUGGUUAAUAAGAUGUUUUUUCUUUUUUCUUUUGGUGCUACUUGAUUUGCUGCAAAGCGGUGGCAUUUUCUGCUACUGAACUCUCACUAUCUCGUCUGCAGCAUUCAGCUGCUUGCUUUAGCGGUACAAUACAUGUACUGUUCAUUCACAGCCUCAUUUCCACAGUUUAAGUUGCUCCAUGUCGAAGCCACAGGUCCCUGGUCUUUGCUCCAUUAAUGCAGAAAAGUUCUAGACCCGGAAAAGUUCUGUUAGGAGGGUGCGUGCUUGUGCUGGUGAGCAAGAUUGGUUCUUCUGGGCCAUAGCAUUCUGUAUCAGUUGGUGGAAGAAAGAACGGAGAGAGAAUAGAGCAGGCAAUGGCAGCUGCAACUAGUACAGAUAUAGUUGAAGAGGUGGACUCACUAUGUCAAUCCAUGAGCACCUCAAAUAUUGAGGGCGGUAGCCUUAAGUGCAGGGAUCCUAAUGCGGGCGUCCCAUUGAGUGGACCACUGAGCUCCAGUGUUAGUAGUAUGGACCUCAGUUUCAAGAGCAGCCUCAGCAGUACAAUCACCACUGGUACGAACAGUGUAAAGAACAGCACCUGCAGCAAGCUGAGUGAUGGCCUGAAACUCAGUGAUCGGUCCUCUUUUGAAGGGAAGAAAGGUGAACUUAGUAGAGCUGCUGAAAGCUCCAAAAUUGCACAAGUGGACUCCAUGGAUAGUGGAAAGAGCAGCUUGAGCAUGGCAAGCUAUUGCAGUGGUGUGUCUGAUAGCAAUGAUAGCAUAAGCGCAUGCUAUUCGAGCCCGAUUGGUGUAGCAACCAAGCCCCAUAAGGGCAAUGACCUGAGAUGGGAUGCCAUUCAGUAUGUCCAGUCCAAGGAUGGACCAUUGGGGUUAAACCAUUUUAGGCUGCUUAAGAAACUCGGCUGUGGAGACAUUGGGAGUGUAUAUCUGGCUGAACUGAGAGGAACAGGCUGCUUAUUUGCCAUGAAAGUUAUGGACAAGAACUCCUUGGCAAGCAAGAAGAAACUGUUGAGGGCGCAGACAGAGCGAGAAAUCCUUCUGUCCUUGGACCACCCAUUCUUGCCAACUCUGUACUCACAUUUUGAGACAGAGAAGUUCUCUUGCUUGGUGAUGGAGUUCUGCAGCGGUGGCGAUCUCCAUAUGCUACGGCAACGGCAGCCUGGAAAACACUUUCAAGAACAUGCCGCGCGUUUCUAUGCAUCAGAAGUUCUUCUUGCACUUGAAUAUUUACACAUGAUGGGAGUUGUAUAUCGCGAUCUAAAACCGGAAAAUGUUUUGGUGAGAGAGGAUGGCCAUAUCAUGCUUUCUGACUUUGACUUGUCAUUGAAGUGCUAUGUAAGUCCCACUCUUGUGAAGUCAUCUAUAGGUCCUGAAUCCUCCAGAAAGAUCUCUACAUACUUCAUAGAACCAUCCUGCACGGUCACUGCAUGUGUGCAGCCAGCAUGCCUUCAACCAUCUUGCUUUGCACCUCAUUUGUUCUCUUCCAAAAAGAGCAGAAAGUCUAAACAUGAAGGUACGUGCCUGAGUCAGGCAACUGGCCUCCCUGAGCUUAUUGCAGAGCCAACAAGUGCACGAUCAAUGUCAUUUGUUGGAACUCAUGAAUACCUUGCACCGGAAAUCAUCAAGGGUGAAGGCCAUGGCAGUGCUGUAGACUGGUGGACCUUUGGCAUAUUCUUAUAUGAACUUUUACAUGGGAAGACCCCUUUCAAGGGACUAGGCAACCGUGCCACUCUAUUCAAUGUAGUCGGCCAACCACUUAAAUUUCCAGAUGCUCCUCCUGUCAGCUUUGCUGCUAAAGAUUUGAUAAGAGGUUUGCUUGUAAAAGAUCCCCAGCACCGUUUAGCAUACAAGAGAGGGGCAACAGAGAUCAAACAGCAUCCGUUCUUUGAAAGUGUGAACUGGGCUCUUGUUCGUAGCACAUCUCCUCCAGAGGUUCCUAUGCCUGUGGACCUAAGUUUCGUCACCAAUGCAAGUGUCCCACCAAAAGCCAUCGUGGAAAAAGAGUUUACUGAUUCAGAAAAGUCAUCAGGCUCUUACCUUGAUUUUGAGUUUUUCUAGUCCAGUUUUGCCUCUAUAAAGGAUCUAAAAAUAUCAUUGAGUUUAUCUGGGUUCAUACGAAUGGAUUAUCCACUUACUGAAAUUUUCAUUGAAGUCUCCUACUGUAAAUUUAUUGGUUGCAUCAAUGCAACCAUUUUGUUGCCCUGCUAGCUUUCUUGUAAAUUUGAAAGUCUAGUUCUUUUAAAGCACCUUGGCUUAAAGUCUUUUCUUUCUAGUUGUUUCUACCGUCUAAAAAUAUUGUAUUGUUCUAUAUGUAGCAUUAGCUGACUUUUGUAAGGGCAACUUGUAGAGCA